AUGACAAACAACAGUCCAAACACGUCCACGUUGACCAUCUCGCCUUUGGUGACUAACAAACGGUCCCGGGACUAUUUCCAAACGCCGCCCAACUUGCUGGGCCAGCACGGGAUCGGCCAGCAACCGCAGCCCCACAGCAGGGUGUUUUCGUCGCCCAAUGUGGGCAAGUCUGUCAACAGCAAGCUUAGUACGUUGGCCAGUAAGGACGACGACGACGAAGUCCCGCUGACACAGGCCGACAAGCUGCGGCUUUGGCGCCACGACGCCCUCAUGCAACACCAUUACAACACCGCCAUCUAUAUUGGCGACAAGGUUCUUUCGCUGACCAACGACCCGAACGAUGCCUUCUGGCUCGCACAGGUGCACUACGCCAACGGAAACUACCAAAUUGCGCGCGAUCUGCUUGCAGGACCGAAUUUCGAGGAGUCUGUUAGUUGUCGGUACCUUGCAGGGCUCUGUUUGAUUAAGCUGGAGAAAUACGACGAGGCAUUGGACGUUGUUGGCGAGGUUAAUCCGUUCAAGACCGACCACAGUGUCAAGAACGCCGAUGGUGGGAUCAAACUAGAAGCGUCCAUGUGCUACUUGAGAGGCCUCACUUAUAGCAAACAGAACAAUUUCGAUAGGGCCAAAGAGUGCUACAAAGAAGCGGUUUUGGUGGAUGUGAAGUGUUUUGAGGCCUUCAACGAGCUGAUAAACAACCAUUUGAUGUCCCCAGAUGAGGAAUGGGAGCUUUUAAGUGUUUUGAACUUUGAUGACGCCGAUAAUAACAACGAACUGGUCAAACUCCUCUACACAACAAGACUCAACAAGUACAAAAACGUGCAGAGUUUCGAAGAGGCUGAACAACGGCUCAAAGACGAGUACAAUCUCGAUGAAAACCUGGACAUUCUGCUCAGCCGGGCCGACUUGCUGUUCAUUCAGUGCCGAUUUCAGCAAUGCCUGGACCUGUGCGAGAAAAUCAUCCAACGAGACGAGCUUAAUCUUUCUGUCCUGCCCAACUACCUCAGCUGCUUACACGAGCUUGGAGGCAAAAACAGACUGUUCCUGAUGGCACAUAAGCUGGCGGAAAACUACCCGAAUCAUCAUAUCACAUGGCUGGCCAUCGGUAUCUACUAUUUUUCCAUCAAAAAGACAAACGAAGCACGGGUGUUUUUCUCUCGAGCCUCGAUGAUCAAUCCUAAUUUUGGACCUGCCUGGAUCGGCUUCUCGCACACGUUUGCUGCCGAGGGCGAGCACGAGCAGGCCAUCAGUGCAUAUGCCACCGCGUCACGACUGUUCCCAGGAAUCCAUCUGCCAAACCUGUUUCUGGGGAUGCAGUACUUGCAAAUGAACAACCUAACGCUUUCUCACGAAUACCUCAUGUCCUCAUACUCAAUCUGUCCUACGGACCCGCUGCUCUUAAAUGAGCUGGGAGUGUUGUUUUACAGACGAACACAGCUGGCCAAAGCAGAGAUGUACUUCCAAAAAGCGCUCACUGCUGCCACGGCUCUGGACUCGAACGCAAAGGCCUGGUCGUCGAUCCAUUGCAACUUGGGUCACGUGUAUAGACGGCUCAACAUGCUGGACAAGUCCUUGAGCCAUUUCAACAAGGUGCUACGCAUUUCUCGCAAGGACGUCAACAUCUACUCUGCGAUCGGGCUGCUGCAUCUCAAGAUGGGCAAGAUUUCAAAGGCCAUUGAGACGCUUCACAUAGCUCUAUCGAUCCAGCCCAAUGACCCAAUAGCGCUGGACCUGCUCAACAAGGGGCUCGAGAGCAACCUGCACAUUUCCAACAAAAAGUUUCUGGACGAGGCGGUGUCUCAGAAAGCCGUGCUCCAGACCCCGAUCAACAAGCCGACGCGGCACCUCAAGUUCAUUGGCGAGGACAACAAGCGGGACCUUGACUUGAUUGCCGAGGACUUGAAGCGCGGCGAGGACUCGAGCGACGACGAUGAUGAGGUUAUGGAAAUUGAGAGUGAAUAA